AGAGCGCAGAACACGGGCCUAUAGCACAGCUACAUAAAAUCCAAUUCCCUUUCAACACACGCGCUCGAGUUCAACCCAGCAUCCAAGCAACCACUACCCACAAUGUCUACCCAAGACCAGCAGCCAGCAACAACAACCCUCCGCCUAGCCUCAGGCAACGGCCCCAUCACCCGAUCCAUCCUCCCCCAUCCGCCCCGCGACGCCCUCCCCUCCGAACUCCCCAUCAUCUCCCUCGCCCCUCUCUUCUCCCCUUCCUCUUCCCUUUCCUCUCGCCUAGAGGUCGCAAAGCAAAUCCGCCAAGCCGCCACGACCAACGGUUUCUUCUACAUCACCUCCCAUGGCAUCCCUCCCUCCAUAAUCCAAGAAGCCCAAGAAUCCGCUUUUCAAUUCUUCCGCUCCCCCGUCUCGGAAAAAGAAAAAGCCAGCAUGCACAACUCCCUUUACAAAUACGGCUGGAAACCACCUCGUACGCAGCGCCUCAACCCAUUCGAGAGCGUCGACCACCGCGAGUCCUUCUCGUGGAGAUAUGAUCCCCGGUACGAUCCGAGUGUCAAGAACGUAGAAGAGGAGAUACCGGACGAGGUAAAGGCGAUGAUCAAGCAUGACCCCGACGAUUACCCGUGGAGUGCCGUCCCUCCGGAGUUCAAGGCCGCAGUCAUUCGGUAUUUCCAGGCGGUCUUGCAUUUGGGGAGGGUGCUCCAGCGGGCGUUUGCACUGAGUUUGGGGCUGGAGGAGACGGCGUUUGAUGAGAAGAGUCGGUGGCCGGAUUUGGGCAUGGCUGUUAAUUAUUAUCCGCCGUUGUCUGCCUCUGGAAAAGAGGAGGGAAAGGGAGACGAGACCAAGGUGUCCAUUGGGUCGCAUACGGAUUUCCAGCUGUUUACCAUUUUGGGGCAGGACGAGGUGGGCGGGUUGCAGGUCUUGUCGAGAUCGGGGCAGUGGUUGAAUGCAAAGCCUAUCCCAGGCACGUUUGUGGUCAACUUUGGGGAUUAUAUGCAGCGGAUUACCAACGACAAGUAUGUCAGUACGGUGCAUCGGGUGCAGAAUUACAGUGGGAAGGAGAGGUUGAGCAUGGCUUUCUUCUUUGGGUUUAAUUUGAAUGAGACUUGUGAGGUGUUGGACAGCUGUGUGGAAGAAGGAGAGGAGCCGAAAUAUGAGGCUGUUAGUUGUUGGGAGUGGACGCAGAGGAGGGUCAGGAUGAUGCACGAUGUUAAGGGGAAUGGGAGUUAGAUACUUACCUAACAAAGGGUUAAAGGUGUCUGUUCACCAUAUACAACCACAUAGUACAUGAUGCAUGCGUUGGGU